ACAUAUGAAAAAAAAAACCCUGUUGCCUUUCGCUAGCUUACAUCACCCUGAAACUGGAUAAAACUCCUGUGACUCCUCAACACUGAAACAAAUUCGCCAAACUGACAGCACGCUGCGCCCGACCUCAGCCGCGUUUUCACUGUAUGAACCCCACCAUAACUCUGAAGAUGAGGCUCCUGUUGUUCUUGCUGUGCUCAGGAAUUUUUCACUUUACAGUGCAAUCAAACCAUCUACGAUUUUUCAGAUUUAACAUGACAAUGCCUAGAAUUAUUCACAGUAGUGUGUUGAAAGAAUGUAAGCGGACAAAUGAGUCGUUAGUCACUCUUUAUGAUGAAGAGGAUGCCUGGUUCGUGGCCAACUUCACGUCCUUAAUGACGAACGGCGACAAGGUCUGGCUUGGUCUGCAAAAGAGUCGAAACAUCACUUGGUCAGACGGCUCCCCUGUGACAUUCAAUGUGUCGUCUGUGAAUUCAGCAAACGGGGCCCAAAAAUGUGAAGCCAUGGACAACGACACGUGGAGAGGUUAUGACUGUUCAGAGAGGAAACCUUUCAUGUGCUACGACGGUAAAAAUUACACCCUGGUUAGAGACGAGAAGGACUGGUGUCAGGCUCUUCAAUACUGCAGAAAACACUUCAGUGACUUGGUCAGCAUCAGCAACGAAACACAAAAUCUGGAGGUGAUUGAAGAGGGAAAUAAAACAAACUUUUGGAUUGGACUCCUGCACGAUGAAUGGGAGUGGCAGGACAAAAGCUGCUCUUCAUACAGAAAAUGGGACCCUCUUUUUAAUCCAGAUGAAAAAUGCACAGUCCAAAGACAGUCUACAUUGUAUGCUCAUGGAUGUGACAAUACAGAAUAUACCUUUUGCUCCAAAGGCUUUGUGAGAAUCAAAGUCAUUAAAGAGAAACAGACAUGGGAACAGGCCUUUGACUACUGCAGGACCCGCCACACAGGCCUGCUGUGGAUUGAGGACGGGAAAGAUCAGCAGGCGGUCGAACAGUGGCUGAAUCACACCGAGGUUCCCGGCCCCUUCUGGAUCGGCCUGAGGCAGAGCCGUGUCUUUGGGUUCUGGAUUUGGACGAGCGACAGGGCGGUGUCCUACAGCAACUGGAAGGACGGCAAGCAGCCCGAGCUGCCCCUGUCCAACCACUGUGGCGUCAUCACCAGGGACGCCUACACGUGGAGCGAUGAACACUGCUUGUUUCCGCAUUAUUUUCUUUGUGAGGAGGAGAUUUCAUUCAAUUAAUAGUGUUUAAAGUGUUGUUGAUAGAUUCGAUUUUAACGUGGAAUCAAUGGGUUGAUGCUUCAUCAAAGUCAGCAACAUAGCACCUAAAAUUAGCCUUAGAUUCUUCAUGGAUGUAUUUCUUAAUAGUACAAAAUAAUUUCUAUGUUUGUUUUUCUGUCUUAUAUAUUGAGAAUAUUGCUAUGCUAUGGUUAAUAUGUGUUUAUGUGCUGUAUUAUUAUUAUUAGUAGUAGUAGUAGUGGUAUUAACUGUAAUUCUGUAGAAAAGUCAAUUACAUGCUUGCAGUUAAUUUGAAAACAUAAACAGCAUGUUGAUGACCUGUAAACAAUGAUAUAUUGUU